AUGAAUUAUUGCGUUCCGUCUGUUUACUUUCGUCGUUGUACACGACAGAAUUUUCCAUUAGUUGAAAAUAUUCUACGGCUACUUCAUACACCAUCCCUCAUUAAAAAUAUAACUCAUUUUUGUCCCCGCUUCGGGACGGAGGUCGUGGAUCGUGAGAUAGAAAGUCAAUAUUAUGAUUUAGUUAUUGCAGCUACCACACUUCUUUAUAAUUUAUCAGUUGAAUCAUGUACUGCUAAUUAUCUACGAGUUUUAAAAGAAGAAGAAAAACCAGCAGUGAUAUACACAUUAUAUAAAGAGAGUAAAAAGAAGAAUAACAACAAAGACAAGUUUUUUUGUGAAACAUUGAUUGGAUUAAUGGAAAAUGACAUCGAUGAACUUGAAGAGCCAGAGGAAUUAGCUGCGACCUAUGUCAAAUAUAUGUCAAAAGCAAUGAAUAAUCAAAAGCAUUCGUUUGAAAAAGUUCGAUUAAGUGAUGCCAUUAUUCAUUUAAAAAUAUUCAUCCAAAAUGAAGCAGUUAAGACUGAAGUUGUAGCGCAAGAUGGUUUGACACUUUUAACAAAAUGUGCUACUGAUCAUCAAUUCGAUAUGGCUUCAAUUCAAUAUCCAUCGAUGGAAUUAAUAUGGUCGAUUAUCUUUAAUUUAUCAGCUGCACAACUUCUACGAGCCAAUAAAGUAUUCGUUGAUUAUGUCAUUGAUUUAACAAAAUCCACAACAGAUGAGCCUGAUAAGUAUGUGCUGAAAUCAGUUGCUGACGGUAUUGAUUGGCAAAUGAGGCAACACCAAAUCAAAGAAGAAAAGCAAAGAAAGGCUGAAAAACCAAAGAAAUUAAGUGUUUUUGGUGUACCAAUUGAUCAUAUGGGCAGACAAAUAACCAAAGAACAACGUUUAACUAUGGAACAAGCUAAAGAGUUUAAAUUUGAUUUAAUGAUUAGUUAUUGCCAUAAAGACGCUGAUUUGUGCAUUAAAAUUCAUAAACGCUUGAAAGAUACGACAGAUACACGUAUUUGGAUUGAUACGGAACAGAUGUUUGGUUCUUUAACUGAAUGUAUGUCUGAAGCUAUUGAAAAUUCACGAAUAAUACUUGUCUGUUAUUCAAACGCGUAUAAAGAAAGUGCAAAUUGUCAGUCAGAGUGUACUUAUGCCAAUGACUUGAAACGAACAAUAAUUCCGUUGCGUAUGGAGUCAAAUUAUCGGCCGAAUGGGUGGUUAAAAAUUAUCAUAGGUGAUCGUCUCUAUGUUGAUUUUAUCAAAUAUGAUUUUGAAACAGCUUUUAAGGAUUUAAUAAAACAAUUAGAACGAUACGAUAGAAGAUAUAAAGAAAUGAAGGGAUCGCAUCAGCCGGUAAAUGCAUCUGCUUCGAUCGCAGCAGCUCAAUCGCAGAAGAAGGCAAAAGAAAUUAGAACAACAUCACCACCACCGCCUAAGUUAUCGGAGUCAAAAAAUUCUGAAAUACAGGAACCUACAGUUGUGACUGACACAUUUAGUUCUCUUUCUUGUCAGACUAAAACUGAGGAUCAAACGAGUCCAAACUCCGCCGAUGCUGCUUUGUACGACAGCAAACUAAUUACAGAUUGGAGUAAGGAAGAUGUCAAAAGCUUCUUUCAUGAUAAACACAUUUAACCAAUGUUAGACUUGUUAAAUAAUAAUGUCAACGGGCACGAUUUGCUUGAUUAUUACCAACAAUUGAUGGCUCAGAGUGCACCGUACGAAUUAGUUAAACAAGAAAUGAAAGAAACGCGUGGAACUUUUUUACCAUUUCACAUGUUUGUUACGUUUCGAAAAGAGCUGGAGAAGUUUUCUUCAAAAGUUAACAGUUAGUAUGAAAAGAAGUACUUGUCAAAUCAUAUGAUGAACGAAAAUGGGUAAAUUCGUGGGAUUUCUACGACUCUUGAGGAAUUUUUUUAAUCAGAUUUUGAUCUUUUAGUUAGAUGCAGCAUGCUCGAAAACGGCCGGAGGUAACAAUUAAGAUCUUUUUGGACAUAUAAAAAAUGAAAACCUAGAAUAUUUUUGGGUACAACUCAACAAAUUCGACAAAUUCAUAAAUAAAUUAAGCAAUUUUCACUAUGAAGAUUACCUGAUUUAUAUGUGAAGUCGCUGAAUUGUUCCUACAAAAUUAUAUGCAUCUCCAUAUUUUAUUAGUCGAAAAAGAUUUCGAUUGCUACCUCCAAUCGUUUUCGACUACGACACGUCUGACUAGAAUACCAAGAUCGAAAAAAGAUAAAAAUAAAAAUAAGAAGAACGAGUUUCCACAAAAUGGUACAAAUAUGACGAAUUCACUCAAAUUCGAACUUUUUUCUGAACUCUAACGAAUAGUUUUCUGUCGAAUAAAACAAUUGGCAAACCUUUGCAAAGACAGUGAAUUAAAUUUUCAAAAACAUCAAGCAAGUUGGGUGUGGAUGUGUGGGUGUGGGUCGGUAGGUGUGGAUGCGGGUGACGAUGUUGGUGUGAGUGUGGGUCUGGAUCUGGGUGUGCAUGCCAAUGCGAGUGUGUGGGUAUGUAUGUGGGUGUGAAGGUGUGGGUGGAUGUCGAUGAGUAUUCAUCAAGAUGUUAUUAGCACGCACACUCACGCACCGCACAUCCACACUCACGCUCACAACCAGAUUCUAUACCCAUACCUACACACCGA